CUUAAUACAGAAGUAAUUCUUACUCAUGGCUGUGGCCUAUCUUAAUAAUCCUUACUAUAACUGGCAAUUUGGUUUAGGAUCCAAAGUUUAAGUCUCCUGCAGCCUCACAAUGUAAUCUGGUGUCAGUUCUAAAGUCUCCUGCAGCCUCACAAUGUCCUAGUUCUAGAGUUGCAAAAGGUUUGUGAUGUCAUUAGGAAUGCUUUAGCUAAUAAAGAGAUGUUCUAGAUUUCCACACAUUCAGUGAUGGAAUGUAAUUCUAAAAGUAUUUGGGCUGUCAAUUGCAGAUUUGAGUACUUGCAGUGUUGUCUUAAAAUGGAUACCUUGAAAUGUCUUAAGCCCUCUGCAGGAACUUCUAGAGGGACACACUCUGAGGAUUGUAGAAUUGAUGGCAGACUGUUGGACAACCCAAGAGGUUCUCCCAAUUCUGGCAGCAAACCUAAGCAGAGUAUUUGGGAUAGGAAGGAAGUUCCUCGAAAGGUUGCAAUUGUUCAUCCCAGAUGUAUAUCAGAGAGUGAUGUAAAUCCAUCUGUCAGACAGGCUCAACGGCAGGCAGUGGUUGAACAAGGCGAGGCAAGUACCAUUCAGCUUGAAGAGGGCACCACAGUGAGGAAUGUCUUCAGGUCCCGUGACAGUUUGAACAACAGAGAAAACCUGAGGAUGACCAUCAUGGCUCAGCAAACCCGCAUUCCAAGAGAAGUCCUGAGUCCAGAGCAGAGGGCCUUACAUUAUUUGAGUGACUCUGAAUCAGAUUCAGAUUCAGACUUAGAACUUUUGUGGGAGAUUUGUGAGUUAUAUGACAGAUAUCUCGCAAGUGAAUCUGACUCUAGUUCCUCUAGUAGUUUGACCUCUAGUUCAAGAUCCAGUUCUAGCUCGAGCUCAAGUUCAUCCAGCUCUUCCUCUAGCUCAGAGUCAGAGUCAUAGUUCUAUUUCUGAAUCACUUUUCCUGAGCAAUUGAUUAAAUCGUCCUUUAAAACUGAUCAAUAACACAUUUUCUCUCAAUAAACAAUUUCUGUUUAA